AGGCUUCACGGAAUCCUUUUUUUAAGUUCUAUGUCCUUUGGACCUCCUACGCUUUCCUUUGUACAGAGUUGAAUCUCAGUACCACCGUAUUGGUUUUUUAUGCUUUUCCUUAGACGACGCAACGGAUUAAGUAAAAGUAAAUCGUGAGCGUGAGGAAUAGACGAGUAUAAUUAAAUUGCGUUUUUGUACAGAAGUAGGUCUAGGUGUCUCAGAUGAAAGAAAGCUUCAUCACAAGGAUCUCCCCUACCAUAGAGAAAGUGAAAGUGAACCCUUUUCGCGUCCAUAGUACUUAGGUCUUUCUGCAAGCAUCAACGACCAAAUCAUCUCAAAAAAAUGAAGAUGUUGCUAGCAAGAAGGCUUACCGCCGUGGGGUGUCUCGUCGCUGCGGUUGCGGCAAAGGAGGAUAGUUGUGCCGCAGAUCUAGUAGCAGCACAGGCACAGCUCAAGAAAACGGCAGAGGUACUUCAAAAGAACUCAUGAGAUGAUGAACGAUUCAUUGAGAUUGAAAUUGAAACCAAAUUAGACUCUCAGAAAAACUAAAAAACCAUUCUAUUCUAAAAACAUGUGAUCCCACAGCCCACUUUAUCUACGCUCGUCUUCACUCGCCUACAGGAAGCCGACACGUGCGAGCAAGCCAAGGGUAUGGCAGAGCAGAAUUUGCAGGCACUCCAAGCUCAAGCAAAUGAGCACCUUGGUCAGGCAGAGGUGACAAUAAAGGGCCUCAACGAGAAAAUCGUCCAGCUAGAAACCGAUGCCGAAGGCCAGAUCCAAACUCUCGCUGAACAACAAACGGCCACUGCAGAGAAAGAAAAAACAGAGGCAAUAGAAAAGAUACAAAAGAAGCUAAGCACCGCUGAGGAGAAGCUGAAGACGGCAGAGAAAAAAGCGAAAGAAGCAGAGGAGAAGCUGGCAGCAUCAGCGAAAGAUGCAGCGAAGGAAGCGACGGGAAGCGGUACUUGAUGAACUUGUGGACAAUAAGAUGACGAAUUUUCAGGUUCACCGUUGAAGAGAUUGACGACUCCUGAAGACAAAUCUUUUUACUUGCUUGUAUCUACUCAUUCCUCUAGUACGUCGAUUAAAGACUUGAAACUCUUCUACACCACAGCGUCACCCAAAGAGCUCCAAGCGAAGUACGAUAGCUUGCAGAAGAAGUACGACACACUCAAAAAGGCCGCUGACGAAGAGGCUGAUGCUAGUGAGAAGGCGCAGAAUGAGCUGAAGAGAAAGCUCAAAUCUGCGCAAGCAGAAGCACAAGCUGCGUCCAAAGAAGCAUCUUCUACCAAAGCAGCCGCUGCGAAACAAGCAGCUCAAGCUGAAUCCAGCAAGGCAUCAACUGGUGCAAUCAGCAUCCCCUUCGUAGAGGACUACGUCGAUUUUGCUUUGUUCGGCAAGUUGAGUGGCGUCUUGUACCGCAACUUGUUGCACUCGCACGUGACACAAGUCCAAAGUCUCGGUGCCGACCAGUUUUCGAAGCUGAAGAAAGACGCCUUUGCUCUUAGCAAAACUGUGGCUGCAAACCUGAAGGACGCAUCCGGGGCAGGCUAUGUCAAGGCUGUUGACACGUAUACUUCUCAGCAUUUCAAUUUAUCUUUCACUUUCUUGCUUUCUUGUUGGUAGAAGUUUUCUUGAUAUUUAAUAUUGCUCCAUUAGAAAAGUUCUUCUGGUGUGCUGCAUUACAAUUAAAUCUUCAUCUCAAAACAUCGACUACCCCCUCAAUCACGAUGAUAUGCAUCACAAAAAGACCCAACAUUACAGGUACCACGAAGUGAUCCGGCCUCAGGUGGAAGUCGGUAUGGCCCAUGGUCAGGUUUUGUAUAAGGCACAUGCUGCCAAGCACCUGGAUCCGGUUUUGAUCACAGCUUCAAAGACCUACGCAUCACUCAACGUCGAUAAGCAUGUCAACACUGGAUUGGAAAUGGCUAAGAGUGCGGGAGGAGACCUGUAAGGACAUAUAAUUUUUGAUUUACAUUAAGCAUUCCGAGGUGACUACUAAAGAAAAAGAAACCCUAAGCCUCUACUGACUUGUCGUGUUCAUCAUGGAUCUGAAUCUCAUCAACAUCACGGUCACUCUUAACUGAAUAACGUAAAUACAUGCUCCACGGCAAUUCCAAUUUUAAAUUCAUGCUCCUCUCCAAACCCAAAUCAGGUACAUCUUCGCCGUCGACCGAGUUGUCCCAGCAGUCACUGAAUUCGUUGCCUCUAAGAACAGUCUCGAGGACGUGAAGGGCUUUGUUUUGCAGCCACUCACUUUUGAACUCUUCGGCGAAAAAGUGAAGCUCUCCAAUGGCGUUGGAGACCUGGUUGUGCUUCUGCUGUUGUCCAUCGGGAUUGUUUACUUUUUGGUACUACUUUCUUCAUAUUUAUAGUAUUUGCGUCGAUUUGAAGAAGAUGCUAGUGCUGAAUUAUGUAGAUAAUACUAUAUUUGAUAUAUGGUGCAGAUGCGCAAGAACUACCACAACAAACAUGCAGACACGCAAGAUGAACUCUUCUCUUUAGCAUCUCUGAUCUUCAAUCAAAAAAACCUUCUAGUAAUACCUUCUUUGUGAAAGAUCAUGAUCACAACAUCACUACAGGUCUACCAAUUCCUCCUGAAGUUCCUUGUGUGGAACGUGAUUAUGAAGACGGCGGUCUACAAAAUCGCUCUGAAAUUCUUGGUUCGAAAAGUGCUGGUCUCCCUGAUCAUUGGCUUGACGUGGAAACUCGUGAGCCUCGUCUUCAGCGUGCUAGUUUUCUUCGUGAAACUGGCCUUCUGCUGCGGAUGCUGCGGUCUCUGCUUCCGCAGGAAGGCUGCCGCGAAGGGCAGCUCUACUAAGUUUAAGGGUUGGUUAAAGUUGCUUUUCUUACCGCUAUUUAUGCCUCUCCUAAGGGGGAAAGGCAUAACAAGCGGGGAAAGCGAGCACCAAAAACCUACCUCUAAUAAGUCGAAAGUGUCCACCUCUAGUCCAGCGACUUUGAAGAAGCCAUUGACGUCUCCGACUGCAACUACGUCGAGCUCCAAUGGAAAGAAAAAGCGUUAAGUUCUAGCUGACUGCUAGUAACAAACAAAGACUUAGACUAGUCUUGAAUUUAUAGAUUAGUUUUGGAUUGACGAGGAGUUGAAAACCAACGACAAAAGGAUCCCCACCCUAUUAAGGAUCAAUGAUUACCAUGAUAAAGACUCAAUGAUUAUGAAGAAUGCUUCGUGAUUUUUUAGGCUGUGUAACGUACUGAACGUGAACCACGUGGAUUAUGUAUGGAGAAAUUUCAAUUUGAUAAAGGAAAGGUCAUUCGCUUAUAGAUAAAAAGUGGAUCAAAUUCUCUCCGGCCGUUUCUGUUUCUCUUUACCGAAGAACCGGAUAGAAAAUAAGGACUCUUGAUGGCAUUAGAAGAUGAAUACUUGGUAUGCCUGUUGUACUGAAACUCAUACUGAAAGAUUUUGAUUAUGACUACAUGGCUCGACGCACACAAAAGGGCUCCGUGAUACGCUACGGAGACCAUGAACAAAUCCACAUCAUAGAGGUCGUUCCAUCCAAAUCCAAGAAAACUGAAAAAUUUUCCGACCCACUUUGAGAUGAGAGUGAUCAAUCAACUUGUUAAACCUGCAAGAAUUGGCAGGCACGCAUGAUACUUGUACAACUCACCGACAUUCAUAGACGUAAAUAAUCCUCCUGAAUGUUAAGAUCUUCUGUUCUACUGGUCCACCCACUCUUCCUCGACACGAUACCCAAAUGCCCAUCGGAGGACACUCGACAUAGCAAUAGCAUGGAGAUGGAAAAAAGGAGCAUCAGCAUCCCUGUUCUCCACCGCAAGACUUUUGCGACGAUUUUUUGACACCGCUCACAUCGUUUGUUUCCAUAAUGAAAAACUCCCGACGAGAAAC